CAUCGCGAAGCUACCGUUCUGUGUUCACUCUGUACAACACCCUUGUCUGCUUCUCCCUCGCAUCUCUCUCUCUCCUCCCUUUCAAAUAAAGUUUUCAACUUUUCUUCUCUCUCUCCUCAAGAAGAAGAAACCCACUGAUAAAGAGAGAUUCUUCCUCUAUCAAACCCGUAAACUCCUGAAGUCUCCAGACCAGUCGUCGGUUUGUCUGAACCUUGUCCAUUGUACGGUGAGAAGUUUCCGGUGAGAGAGAGUCAAAAACCCUAGAAGAAAGUAUGAGAAACCCAGAAAAUCGCAUCUUGUUUCUGAUUCUAGCUUCGAGCUUACUCUUCUUCACAGCAACAUCUAAAUCAACAAUCGAGCCAUGCUCGAGCAACGACACCUGCAACUCCUUACUCGGCUACACACUCUACACCGACCUCAAAGUCUCGGAAGUGGCCUCCCUCUUCCAAGUAGACCCAAUCUCAGUCCUCCUCGCAAACGCCAUCGACAUCUCUUACCCCGACGUCGAGAACCACAUCCUCCCUUCAAAGCUCUUCCUCAAGAUCCCUCUCACCUGCUCCUGCGUCGACGGCAUCAGAAAAUCCCUCUCCACCCGUUACAAAACCCGACCUUCCGACACGCUGGGGUCCAUCGCAGACUCUGUCUACGGCGGUCUCGUCUCCGCAGAGCAGAUCCAGGAGGCUAGCUCGGUUAGCGACCCGUCGGUGCUCGAUGUCGGGACGAGUCUCGUCGUCCCUCUCCCCUGCGCUUGCUUCAACGGGACUGAUAACUCUCUGCCGGCGGUUUAUCUGUCGUACGUCGUGAGGGGUGUUGAUACCUUGGCGGGAAUCGCGAGGAGGUAUUCGACUACUGUUACGGAUUUGAUGAAUGUGAAUGCCAUGGGAGCUCCUGAUGUUAGCUCCGGUGACAUCCUCGCUGUUCCUUUGUCAGCUUGUGCUUCCAACUUUCCCAAGUAUGCUUCGGAUUUUGGAUUGAUUGUUCCAAAUGGUAGUUACGCUCUAGCUGCAGGUCAUUGCGUGCAAUGCAGCUGUGCACUUGGGAGCCGCAGUUUGUAUUGUGAGCCUGCUUCUUUAGCAGUCUCUUGCUCGAGUAUGCAGUGUAGGGGCAGCAAUCUCAUGCUCGGUAACAUCACGGUGCAGCAGAGUAGCGCUGGCUGUAAUGUUACAAGCUGUGAUUACAAUGGUUUCGAUAACGGCACUAUCUUGACCAUGCUAUCUAGGUCUCUUCAACCACGAUGUCCUGGACCGCAACAAUUUGCGCCGCUUCUAGCUCCACCGGAUACUCUUCCUAAGGAUAUAAUGUAUGCACCAGCGCCUUCACCGGAUUUUGAUGGACCAGGAUCCGUAGCAUCGUCGCCAAGAUCAUCUAUAAUUCCUCCGGGCGGUGGUUCCUUCCCAGGUAACCCCGCUAAUGGUCCAGCUGGAAGCAUCUCAAUGGCCACUGCCUCCUCUGUUAGCCACUUCUUUGUCAUAUUUCUCAUCUCCAUUUCUUCGUUCUCUUUUGUUUUCUCUUCUUGAUUGAUUCAAGUCAUUCAACAACAUUUUGGUUUUAUUUUCCGCGCAUUUAAAACUCUGGAUGAGCGACUAUUGAUUAUUUUGAA